GAAUUUUGAGGUUCAGUGUUGAUAACAUAUUGAUAAGAGUAAACAUAGCGAUUGUCCCCGAGAUCUAUAAGAAACGGUGAAGAUAUAAUCCCUCACCCUCGAGAUAUGCAAGUGCGACGUGUCAGUGAUAUAGGCUCCACUUCAGAGAUCAUCAUAUAGAAUCCUAUCUGCGAUAGACUCUUAAUUUUCCGCAAGACAGAUUCAAUACAUGCCUGAGGCGAGUUGCAUUCAUGCUAGUAUUCUUCACUGCAUGGCUGCUUAUGAUUAAGCUUUUUUUGACAGAAAGCCAUACCAUCAUACAAAAGAACAUCGAAAUUCCAGUCAUGUAAGCCCGAUGGUAUUGGUUGCCCAUACUCUUGGUGGAAUAUGGGCAUCUACAUGCAGCAGAGAUCUGGUAAUCCCAGUUCUCCAAGGGAUCACCAACCACGUUUUGUAGUGAGCUUGUCUGUAGAGCACGUCGUAUUAGCUAUUCUCUACAGAAGAACCAUUCAACGUCCAUACAUGCACAAGAGCUUCCAUUAGUGUAACCCUCAGUGGCAGUAUAUACAGAGUCAUCAUGGCCAGCAAACAACAUUCGCAAGAAAAUCAAAAAGAGCAAUACGUUUGAAAAUAGUGAAAAAAAAUAAAAAAUUAAAAACGGCACGAAGCCAAGAUCCCGCCCUGUGGGACGGCACCGCCUCCGUCGACUAGUGAGCGGCACUGCUUCGACACAGAUUGGUGGGUCUGCCAACAGAAAGGAAACUGAAGGGCCAUCCUACUGAUGAAAACGUUCUCACUGUUUCGACAACUUUCCUUGCAAGAACGUGUAGGGGACGGAUUCUCAGUAAACUGACGUACGUUGGGUGGGCUUUCUCAGGUGGCGCGCCUCUCACUGGCUGAUUUAGUGACUCAAGAGAAGCUCCAGGUCAUCACAGGGUCAUUUGACCAAUCUCUGAGGUAGGAGAAUUACGAGUGAGGAAUACGACUUCAGCCAGUAUCAUACGAAGCUACGACAGAAGAGGCCAAGCACGCCUACCCGUCACGCCACCCUUCCAUCUCCGCACGAGGGAGUUUCAAGGAGAAAGGGUUUAGACAGACUGUGAACUUUGAGAGGCUCUAGCUUUCCGCAAAACGCCACCACUCGAAGUCUGACGGUAAAUACAAUUGAUGGCCACUAGUAGGGUUAGAAGAUCUGAGACAGUAUACACAUUAGAGUGAAAUAACACUUUCUUCCAUAAAGCUUAUCAUAACGUGAUUUUGGCACUUUUUGUUCCACCAGGAUAUUACACUUACAAGGGGUGGAUAGCUGGAGAACUCCCAUUGGUUGUCCUGUACAAGAAACACCAAAUCCAAACUCAUCACGCUUGCGCAGACAUCUCAAACUACAGGACUUUCUCGUUUAGUGUGAUUCUGCAUCUAACUAGCCACAAAUCAUCAGAGCAUGAACUCAUAUUUUACAAACUCGUACCUCACUGACUUACGAACUGGCGACCACUACAACAGCCAGCCAGUACACACCCAGCCUAACGGUGAGUCGUGUGAACAGGCUGCACGUCAGUACUUGGCUCAUGCACAAUACGGCUCGUCCCCUACCCAGGGAGCAGGUACUUAUCCACGCUUCCCUCCUUAUGACCGUUUGGAAAUUCGACCGAUCACCUCAUCUCCAAAUUCUCCCAGUCCUCCUGGAACUUAUUAUGGGAACCACUGUGGUCAACAACCACCCGGACCACCGGUUCUUCCCCAUCCACCUCAACCGGCUCAUCAACCACCUCACCCUCAUGGACCGUUAACGCACCCAAAUGCUUAUGUCCCUCAACAAGAUGGACAGAACUGUAGAGGGUCACCUAACGACACUGGACCUCAACACCAAAACAUGACUCAGUAUCCAAGCUGUAAGAUGCAACAACAGCUUCAUCAUGACCCGAACGGCGUGCCCAGGCCCGUAUCAUCCGAGUGUCCCACCAACAUGCACCAGCAGCCCUGCCAGAGUCCUCUUCAUUCUGGCCCCCCUCAGCAACAUAUGUACUCACCACCGGCGAAUAACCCUCCCAACGCUCUUUCCCCUACAAGCCAGCCUCCGUCAUCCGGGGCUCUCCCAAGCCCCCUCUACCCCUGGAUGAGAAGUCAGUUUGAGCGGAAGCGAGGACGCCAAACCUAUACCCGUUAUCAAACACUGGAGUUAGAGAAAGAAUUCCAUUUCAACCGCUACCUGACUCGCCGGAGAAGGAUCGAGAUCGCUCAUGCUCUCUGUUUAACAGAAAGACAGAUUAAAAUAUGGUUUCAAAAUCGUCGGAUGAAGUGGAAGAAGGAGAAUAAGGCGAAAAUGGAAGCAGGUUUAGCGAUGGGGCCUCCUCCACCACUAGAGCCCCUCCACUCUGUCGACCGGCCGCCGCAGUGAGCUCCUGAAAUAAGGGGACAAGAAAGUAGCCUAACUGGGCGGGCGAAUGUAUCCGCCCGACAUGUGUUUUUCUUCAUUGUGGGUGGAUUCAUGUUUUGCGUGAUGAACGAUAUAUAAAAUAACAGUGGAGACAAAAAACCUAGAGAUGCAGCAAUUACAGAUUAAAGUUGAACUCAUCAUCUUGAGUAACCUACAAGAUAUCUCUGUGGACAGCCCCCGGACAGUGGUGGCGCAUCCGAGCUCCUCCAGGUGACUGAUGACUCUGUUGGGAACCGCUGCUUUUCUCAUCUCCUCUGACAACAGUCUACUUUGUUGCGCUUGUGCAAUAAGAAGACAAGUUCAGAUCUUGACACACAAGUGACUGGCGCUUAGGUUGUAACUUCAAAUUGCAACUAAUGCUCCGGCUUUAAUUAAUCAAUCACUGAGACGAUUCUUUUUACAUGACAAUCAAGGCAUUUGGAAAACUGGAAUGGUUAUUUAAUGUGAAAACAAACAUUUAAUUAUUGGCUAAGGUAUUUUAAUUUAUUCAUCGGAGAUCGUUAUCUUACGUGUUUGUAUUUUACGAGCUCUGACCAAAAGAUAUAAAUAAAAAUCCGAGCUUCA